AUGAUUGCUGAGGGAGGUUAUUUUGAUGGUUCCAGAGAUGCUAUCCUCAUGGCAGGAUCACUGAUUCAUGAUUCCCUGGACUCUAUUUGUGACAGUACAGAGAUUGCGCAAGGAAACUUCCACGGUCCCUCCUUUUUCAUAGAAGAUAUAUGCAAUCCAACCAAUCUUACCUCUGAGCCUGCACGAACUAUCAACCAUAUACAACAUCGGGCUGAAUUUGACAUGGAUCAGGAUCUUCACGGCCACAUGAUACAGGAGACCCAGGUAGAAACUUCAAAUUGGGUUCCUGCAAUGUUCGGUACCCAAAAUCAUAUCAUCAGUCAACAGUCAAUUGAACAACAAAUGGAUGACUAUGAUGCUGCAUCAUAUCCAGAUGGUGCUCACACAACUGCACCUGAUCUCCUAAAUCUUCUACAGAUCCCAAGGUACAGUAUGACUACUGCAUUCCCUUCGACAGAACAUAUCUUUGGUGAUCCAGGGCAGAAUGCUGGCAACCAAUUGGACAUCAACAAUGAUGUUCUGGGAAGAGCAAUUCAUGACAGUGGGAUGAUGCUCGGUGAUUUAACUCUACCAUUACAAUAUAAUGGUAAUCAAUCUCACCUAUUCAAGGAUCUCUAUCAUUCACUUCCGCAAAGUUUUGGGCUGUUCUCCAGUGAUGAUGAGAGAGAUCGGACGAUGGGGGUAGUAGGAGCUGCAGGAAAUAUUCUCCAAGAGAUAGACGGGAGGCAGUUUGGUAGUCCCAAACUGGGAAGAAGUAAGAAAGGUGGCUUUGGCAAGGCAAAAGCUAACUUUGCAACUGAAAAAGAGAGGAGGGAGCAGAUAAAUGUGAAAUAUGGGGCUUUAAGAUCACUGCUGCCAAGCCCUACGAAGAAUGACCGAGCCUCUAUAGUUGGAGAUGCCAUCGAAUACAUCAAUGAGCUGAACAGAACAUUGAAGGAACUGACAAGUUUGGUGGAAGGCGAUACCAAACAUAGGAUGAAGAUGCUUAAGUUGGAUGACGCAGCACGUGACAACGGAGAAAGUUCGUCGCUGCAGCAAGUGAAGGACGAUCAAGACAGUCAGCUGAAUGGAGCUAUAAGGAGCUCAUGGAUACAAAGGAGGUCCAAGGAAUGCCAUGUUGAUGUCCGCAUAGUUGGUAAUGAGAUCAACAUCAAGUUCACUGAAAAGAAGAAGACUAAUUCUUUGCUUUGUGCUGCAAAGGUUAUUGAUGAGUUUCGUCUUGAACUCAUCCAUGUUGUUGGGGGGAUUAUUGGAGAUCAACGUAUAUUCAUGUUCAACACAAAGAUAUCUGAGGGCUCCUCGGUCUAUGCCAGUGCGUUGGCUUCGAAGCUCCUCCGAGCUAUGGAGAUGGAGCAUCUCGCUGUUGAUAUCUUCAGUUAG